AUGGCGUCAAUUUCUGUGUGUACCGGCGGCCGGUCGCUGGGUUUUUGUGUUAUACCGUUUCUAGCAGUCCCGCUGGCGGCGUCGCUCAAAUCAAUAUGCGGCAUGGUCGGAGCAUAUGCAGCUCGGCAGCGGGAUGCAGCGGAGCUGAGCGGCGGUUGGAUGGACUCUACUUUGAACCUGGACAUUGCAGGUCUGUUACAUCUUGUUGUUGAGACUAUUGGCUUUGUAUACAUGAGACAUGUUAUCUCGGCACGAACUUGGUUGCUCAACUUUGAAUCUAAUGGUGGUUAUGUGGAUAUAGCCGAAUAA